AUGGAGUUUGUUGAACCUGAGACUAAACAGUCUGCCCCUGAAGCCCCUUUGGCCCCACAAGAUAUCGAAACCAACAGAAAGACAGAACAAGCCGUAGAGAAAUUGGAAGAUGAAAUCGAUAAGGCUUAUAGUGCAGUGGAGACUCAAUUCCAAGGAUGGUGGAAUCAAACUCAAAGCAAAUUACAUCUUGAAGAACAUAAGCAAGAGAUCUUGGAUCAUUUAUCCAAGGCCAAAGCCAAUAUCUCCAACAAUAGAGCCAGUGUUAGUGACUCGCUUAAUGCCAUUGAAGUCAAGUUGAAGAAUCUUAAUCUUAGUGUACCUGAGAAUGUUAAGAGUCAAUUUGAGACUUUGAAUGCCAAUGUCAAACAAGUUAAACCUUUAGAAGCUCUUGAAGCAGUUAAAUUAGAUGAUGUUAAAAAGACUGCCAAUUCUGCUUUGGAUGCCUUGGAUUCUCAAUUGGAAAAGGUCGAGAAUGUUGCUGGGGCUGUUGCCAGUUCAUUCUUCAGCUACUUUUCUAAUAUUGUUAGUGUUCAACCUGAACAGGAGCCUGCUGCUGCUGCAGCUAGCACUAGUACCGUCAAAGUACCUGAAUUAGAAGUUAUGGAAGACGCAAAGCUUUCAUUUGUAAAGGAUAAGAAUUAUGGCACUUCCAGACUUGAUAAUGACUUAUACAACCUACACACUAACCAAGAAAUAUAUGUAGGAGAAUUGAAUUUAGUCGAACAAGCGGAAGUUGGAAAGUUUGAUGUUGAUUCAAAGACGGAAGAUAUCAGCCAGUUAUUGGCAAAGUACCCCACAACUUUGGACCGAUUAAUGAACAGCUUGGUGCCUGUGAAGGUUGCGUACAAUGUGUUUUGGUACAGAUAUUUCAUCGAGGAGAAGAAGAUAAAAGAUGCCGAUAAGAAGAGACAAGAAUUGCUUGAGAAGCCAAGCGCAGGUGCUGUUGAUGGAGAAGAAGAUGAUGAAGAUGACUUUAUGUGGGAUGAUGAUGAGGAAGAGGAUGAAGAGAAGAAGAAAUAA